UUCUUUCUUUCUCCGUUCCUGGUUUUCUCUUGAACCAAAGAACACCUCCGUCACUGUGGCAGUUGCUGAAGAAGCAGCUUGGCAUGUUCAGAGCUUCAAUUGGAGCUUCUUGUUCACCGGUCUUGCCCCACUCCACUCCAGGUUUGAAUCUCACUUGUUCUAACAUUUGAAAUUCAUAUGCAAAGAAGACGAAUGGACGAUGCGAAUGACAACGUAUGUAUUGCUGAGCUAUUUGACUUAAAAGGGAAGAAGAAAUGCAAAACGAGGAAGGAAAAGAAAACCAAAACCGCUGGUGCGGGUUCUACCAGCAAUGGCGGUGGUGUUAGCAUUGACAGUGGAGCUAGGAUUUCUAUGUUUGAUUACUCGGUUGACAACUUCUUUCGAGAUAUGGAAACCAUUGCCAGACUCUGCAAGGAAGAAGAGCGCCACAUUGAUCUUGACCAAAGUGAGAUCAAAAGAAUGUCUUCCUCUGUCACUUUCUUAAGAGAAUGGAGAGAUUUUAUGUACCCAUCGAGAACCAUUAGAUUUUCUCACGGCCUUGGGAGCUAUGAGGGAAAAGAUGUCAGUGCCAUAAAUUUUAUUUACCUCAAUUUUCAUCAUCCACUGUUCCUCAGAAGGAGGAGCAACAUGGGGAUGCCGAAUCUCAGGAUUCCAGUCUUGUUGGAGCAGAGACUUUGUGAUGAAUGUUGGAGGCUCCGUAUGGGCAUUAGAUUGGUGUCCUCAGAUACAUGAAGAGCCUGAUUGUUCAGUUAAAUGUGAGUUUGUUGCUGUUGCUACUCAUCCGCCUGGCUCUUCUUAUCACAAGAUGGGCGACUCACUUGUUGGUAGAGGUGUCGUACAAAUAUGGUGUCUUCUAAAUAUUAGGGAGCACAAUGAGGAUACAUCUUCUGUCACGGAGAAGAGAAAAGUCAGACCAAAAAAAGAUGGAAGCACAAAGGACAAAUCAUCACAAAUAAAGAGGCCUAGAGGAAGACCUAGAAAGAAUUCAACAGUAAUAGUAGUGGAUGAUACAAAUUGUGAGACUCAGCACAUCCUAUCUCUUGAAGUUCAAUUUGCAGGAAAGUGUAUUGAGUUUUCUGCUCCAGAUGGAAAUCUUGAAAACAGUGAAGAAAUGUUGCCUACUACACACAAGCGAAGAAGAGGACCUAAAAAAAACAAUGCCACCAAUGAAAAACCAGCACCUAUGAAGAGGCCUAGAGGAAGGCCUAAAAAGAAUUCAACAGAAGUAACAGCAAGUGAUUCAAAUUGUAAGGACCAAUUUGUACCUCUUGCUGUUCAGUUUCCAGAAGAUUUAGCUGAAUUUAAUUCUCCGAUUGUGGCUUAUGGCAAUUGCAAUGACCAUGCUGCACAACAAUGUUCUCAUACUAAUCAAAAGCAUGCCAAGAAAGCUGAUUUUGCACAUGAUUCAAAAGCUCUCAGUAGGUUGAACAUUAAUCAUAUGGAGGGCAGAUACAACGAAGGUAUGAGUCAACCACUAUUGAUACAGUGUGAGAAUGAGACAAACUAUCAACUGUGUUCUAGCUCUGAAUUGGAACCUCCAGCAGCCACUUGUUCUGUUCCUGAUAUAACUUUGCCAAGAGUUGUGUCAUGCUUAGCUCAUAAUGGAAAGGUAGCAUGGGAUGUGAAAUGGCGGCCUCUUAAUAUUUCCGAACCAUUAUGCAAGUACCGGAUGGGCUAUCUUGCUGUCUUGUUGGGCAAUGGAUCUCUGGAAGUGUGGGAGGUUCCUCUUCCUCAUGUAUUGAGAGCAAUUUAUGUGCAGAGAGAGGGCAUUGAUCCACGUUUUAUAAAACUGAAUCCGGUGUUCAAAUGCUCAACGUUGAAGCGUGGUGGCCUACAAAGCAUUCCACUGACCGUGGAGUGGUCAGUUACGUCCCCUCAUGAAUAUUUACUAGCUGGCUGCCAUGAUGGAACGGUUGCUUUGUGGAAAUUCUCUGCAAAUUCUUCAUCGAAAUGUGAUGAUACAAAGCCUGUGCUUUGUUUUGGUGGGGAUGCAGUUCCUAUUAGAACAGUUUCCUGGGCGCCUUUUGGAGGGUUAGUAGUAAUUGAACCUUCUCAGCCAAGUUAUCCAGAGAGUUCUAACAUAAUAGUAACAGCAGGGCAUGAAGGCCUUAAGUUUUGGGACCUACGUAAUCCAUUUCGUCCUUUGAGGUACUUCCAUCCUGCGCCAAGAAUCAUAUACAGUCUGAACUGGCUAUCAAAGCCAAGUUGUAUCAUUAUGUCGUUUGAUGAUGGAACAAUGAGAACCAUUAGCUUGGUGAAGGCUGCAAAUGAACUACCUUUUACAGGAACAACAUACAAUGGAAAAAAGCAACCUUGGUUGCACAGUUCUUCAUAUUCAUCUUUUGCCAUUUGGAGCGUUCAUGUGUCACCUAUAACAGGUAUGGUUGCAUAUUGCUGUGCAGAUGGUACUGCUAUUCGUUUCCAGCUUACUACAAAAGCAGUGGAGACAGAUCAUCCAGACAAUCGAGUUCCAUACUUUCUUUGUGGGUCGUUAUCUGAAGAGGAAUCAACUCUCAUUGUCAACACUCCAGUAUCAAACACUCGUUUCUCAUUGAGGAAGCCACGUGAAAAGGGUCGGCACGCUCAAUCUUUCAAAGAGUUACUAUCCAAGGCCAAUUUAAGCAAAAGUGUGAAUAAUCCAAUGGCAAAAGCUAUUAAUUCUGAUUGCCGUACUUUAGCCCUCUAUGAUGGUGACAAUUUGAGUUUGGAAUCUGGAUAUGAGGAAGCAUUAUUGUCUUCCAGGGAGCAGCCCAAGAGACAGAAAUCGAAAAGGCCAGUAGAAAGCACAGCUCACGUUUGCACUGAUGGUGAGAAGUCAGAUUUUGGAGGUGAACCUGAAGUGUUUCCUCCCAAAAUGGUGGCAUUGCAUAGAGUGAGAUGGAACAUGAACAAGGGUAGUGAGAGAUGGUUGUGCUUUGGAGGAGCUAGUGAUCUUUUACGUUGCCAAGAGAUUGAGCUCUCUCAUAUUGAUAAGAAAUGGGCCUUGAAGAGAUGAUGACAGCUUUUUAUCCCCAUGUUUUUUCUCCCUUUUCUUGUAUUCCCUUUUAUUUAAAAACUAAUACCUUAUUUUCAUUUUGUUUUUUGUGUUUCACAUAUUUGUAUAGGACAUUGUGAAAUUAUUUUUUUAUUGUUUUCAUUGUUUCUUACAUAAGUAUUUGAAAAUAGGAAAUGAAAAAAUCAUAAUAUAUAGGCUCUUCAUAUUUUAGAACAAACAAACUGCCACACAAAUAUCUAUUCGACUAUCUUCCUGCACUGUGGUCUUUGGGUAA